GGCUGAGAAAGCCUCCCUGAAGCCGCUCAGCUGCUAACAGGCGUGAGUGACUGAGAACACUGGAUAAAUAUAGCCCCGUCACCGUUCGGCUUCACACUCUGCUCUCUCAUCCUCAGAACAAAAGAGUGAGUGAAGAAAACUGGACUUCUGAAAAAGGAAAUCAAGCCUCUUUAUCUUUCUCAGCCUGUUUUUCCAUCUCUCUCUCUCUCUCUCUCUCUCUCUCUCUCUGUCUCUCUGUUUCUCUCUCUCUCAUUCUCUGUUGGGUUAAAUUUAGAGAGGACAGUUCUCAUUUCUGCAUUACCAUUCCAAACCAGAGCAUGAGGUGAAAAAGAAGAAGAAGAAAAAAGAAGAAUUAGAAAGCCUCUUGGCAAUAGUAUGCACUCUGGGGGCUAUCGGCCGAUGUGAGGAAUCUUGGGAAAGGUUGUUUCUGUUUGAGGAUUGAAUUAUCUGCGACUGAACCUUGACCUGCGCACUACGGCCUGAGACGGGGGACCAUUGUGAGCAGUUUGCUCUGAAGAUGAUAUGUUGCAGCCCGUGUGGUGCCCCUAUUUCCGAACAGUCAAAUGGCAUAUGAUAAGACAGGACAGUGGCUGGCGAGGAUGAGGUCGAGGAACAGUGUCGUAGACGGGCCAGCCAAUGGUCAGCUCAGUGUCCUUCAGCCUUCAGUCGCCAUCAAUGAGGAAGAGGAAGAGAAGGUCCGCGUUUCUAAGAAGAAGAGGGUGAAACCUCAACAGAAGGAAGAUGGAGAAAAAGGGAACUCUGGGACACUGACAACCUCAGACAUACCCUCAACAAACAGCAGCCAGAAAAUGGGAUUAACAGAUGUUUCAAAAGAGGAUCUUCUCCACCUUCUGGGAAUUAUGGAGGGAGAGGUUCAGGCACGGGAGGAUGUCAUCCGCAUGAUGGAGUCCGGAAGGAUCCACCCUAAGGCUCUGGAGGCCCACUACGGCUCAGCCGCCCCUCCCAAGGCUCUCCACGCCCUGUACCGAGACGGCCUUCUCAGCAAGUCCAAAAACGGCAGUGCCGACGUGUACGAAACACCCAUGGUGGAGCUGGAGCGUCUGGAGGGGAAGCACCGCGAGGCGUACCGCCGCAUGCUGGAGCAGCUGCUGCUGGCGGAGAAGUGUCACCGCCGCACGGUCAACGAGCUGGAGGGCGAGAAGCGCAAGCACGUGGACUACAUGAACAAGAGCGAUGAGUUCACCGACCUGCUGGAGCAGGAGAGGGAGAGAUUAAAGAGUCUGCUGGAACAAGAAAAAACAUACCAGGCUAAGAAAGAGAAAGACAACAACAAGCGUCUGGAGAAAGUGCGACAGGAGCUGGUCAAGCUCAAAUCCUUUGCCCUAAUGCUGGUGGAAGAGCGCCAGCUCCACAUCGAACAGAUCCACCAGGAGAACCAGAAGGUUCAGGACCUCAGCCAGAAGCUUCAGGAGAAAGAACAAAAGCUAUCAGCCGUCAGUGGAAAAGCCAAGGAGGACAGCCAGAAGGUCCUGAACCUGGAGGUGGAGUUGGAGCACAAGACGUCCAGAUUCACAAAGGAGCACGAGGAGAUGACCGCCAAGCUGACCCAUCAGGAGACCCAGAGCCGACAGCUGCGCCUGAAACUGGCCAGCCUGACGCGGAGGAUCGAGGAACUGGAGGACAGCAAUGCCACCCUGCAGCGGUCGGAAGAGGAGCUUCAGGAGCUGAGGGAUAAGAUCAGUAAGGGUGAGUGCAGCAACGCCAAUCUGAUGACGGAGCUGGAGACCAUGCGCAAGAGGGUUCUAGAGAUGGAGGGCAAGGACGAGGAGAUCACCAAGACCGAGACCCAGUGCAAGGAGCUGAGGAAGAAGCUGCAGGAUGAGGAGAGCCACAGCAAGGAAGUGAAGCUGGAGGUGGAGAAGCUUCACAGGAGGAUGGUGGAGCUGGAGAAACUGGAGGGGGCUUUAAAUGCGAGCAAAGUGGAAUGCGCACAGCUGUACACUCACCUGGAAACUGAAAAGAGCUUGACGAAAGACUUGACGGGUGAGCUGGAAGUGGUUAAAAGCAGAGUGAAAGAGCUUGAGUCUUCAGAAUCAAGGCUCGAAAAGGUGGAGAUGAGCUUAAAGGAUGAUCUGAAAAAGCUGAAGUCUUUUACAGUGAUACUAGUCAAUGAAAGGAAUAACAUGGCUGACAGGAUUAAACACGAGGAGAAGAAGAGUGAUGAUUUGAACACGAUGUUUAAGGCUGAACAAGGCAAAGUUAUGGAGGUUACAGAAAAGCUGAUUGAAGAAAGCAAAAGGCUUCUCAAGCUGAAGGCAGAGAUGGAGUCCAAAAUGACUGCUCUCACAAAAGAGAAAGAUCAACUCAGGUGUAAACUCACAAGUGAAGAGGAAAGAUGCAAGGAUCUGAACUCAAAGGUCAGUAUGAUGAAGAAGAGGAUGGAGGGCCUGGAAGAGGCUGAAAGGGAAUGUGCAAGAUACAAGAAAGAGGAAGCAAGACUCUCGGAAGAGGACAACAAAAUCCAGGAGCUAACACUGGAAAUCGACAGGUUAAGAAGUCGCCUCCAGCAGCUGGAGGUGGUGGAAGGGGAUCUGAUAAAGACAGAGGAUGAGUAUGACUUACUGGAGAAAAAGUUCAGGACAGAGCAAGACAAGGCUAACAUCCUCUCCCAGCAUCUAGAGGAAAUGAGGAAUCAGAUAGCCAGAAACAAAGCCAUAGAGAAGGGAGAAGCCGUGAGCCAGGAAGCUGAGCUGAGACAGCGGUGCAAGAUGGAGGAGGCCAAAACCCAGGACCUCCAGGCUGAUGUUCAGGCACUCAAGGAGAAAAUCCAUGAGUUAAUGAACAAAGAGGACCAGCUUUCUCAGCUGCAGGUGGACUACACUGUCCUUCAGAAGAGGCUCAUUGAGGAGGAAAACAAAAAUAAGACCAUGAACCAGGAAGUACGCAACCUCACAAAAGAGCUAGAGGUCACCAAACGGUAUAGCCGUGCCCUACGGCCCAGCUUGAAUGGGAGGCGGAUAGUGGAUAUUCCCCUGAACUCCACGGGAGUGCAGACAGACAUGGUGGUUAACGAGACCGCAGAAGAGGACACACCUGCUGUUUUCAUUCAGAAGUCAGUCCUGGAGGAGAAUCACAUCAUGAGUAACCUUCGGCAGAGGGGAUUAAAGAAACCGGCCGUACUGGACCGCUACCCUCCUUCAACCAGCGAGCUCAAUAUGAGGAAAUCCUGGAUCCCCUGGAUGAGGAAAAAGGACACAGUAACACAGAACGGUUCUGAGAAGAUAACCCUUGUAAAUGGAGAAUUGCCACGCUCAACUCCUGAGCUGACCAUGUCUCAAAAGAAAGGACAGCCUCUGCAUAUCCGUGUGACCCCUGACCACGAGAACAGCACCGCCACCCUGGAAAUAACCAGCCCCUGUGCUGAAGACUUCUUCUCCAGCACUGCUAUCAUUCCCAAUCUGGGCCUGCAGAAGCCAAGGAUCACAAUCAUUCCCAAACCCACCACUAAGAGUAUGGUCAGCCAGGCGACAGUGGGGCCGGACCGGGCCAAGUCCCCUGUCACCAUCACUACCAUCUCCAGGGCUAAGUCACCCGAGAAAAGUAACUCAUCUUUCUCCGAAAGGCCCAUGUCUCCCGUCUCCGUCAUAACAGUCAACACUUCAGCAGUGCCCGAUGCGUCUGGCUCGGUGGAGCCUCAGGAGAUGACGAUGGGUCGGGCCGUGUUCAAAGUCACCCCAGAAAAGCAAACGGUGCCGACGCCCAUUCGGAAGUUCAACUCCAACGCCAGCAUCAUCACCACCACGGAGGACAACAAGAUCCACAUCCACCUGGGGUCACAGGUCAGGAGGCCCACCGAGGGCAGUGGCAACCCUGCCAUCUCAUUGAGGCCAGUAGCUGUGACAGCCGACAGCAAGGAGACAGCCACAGGUACUGUGCUACGUUCCCCUCGGCAUUCCACCACAUCCAACAAGGUCACGCCCAGCAAGGUGACGAGCAGCAUUACCAUCACGCCCAUCACCUCUGCACCUUCCAGACCAACACAAUCGGUGUUGCUUCUGAAAUGUUUCAAAAUGAUAUCAGGGGGUGUCUGCUCCCUAGAUAGCUCACUUUCCAGCCCGGGCAGGACAUGCAGUCACCUCGGUCAACGCCCACACGCAUCCCUAUGUCAAAAGGUAUGAAAACGGGGAAAGCAACGCUGGGCAUCUCCACGGCAACACGGAUAGAGUCCAGACCCGAGAGCCAGUCCAUGAAAAUCGAACUGAAGAAGUCUUCGUUCAGCAGCACCGCCACUUUGGGUGGAGGCAAGGGCUGAGGGCAGUAUGGCCACCAUGGAAAUACUGUAAAAACCAGUCACUGUGCAGUCAACACGCUCUAGCUCCACCAAGCUUUACCUCAGUAACACUGAGAUAAGCUGUAUCAAGCAGAGAAGACUUUCUCCUGUUCCCGUCCAGCUACUCUGAGGCAGAAAAUGAACAAAAACCCUGCAGUAGGCCAAUACACAACUAACUGUUUUCAAUUGGUCAUUAUUAUAAUAUUAUAUGCAAUUGUAUUUUAAAAUGAGCCCUUUUGUGUAUAUGAAUGCAGUUGUCAGCAUGCUACUGUAUUGUCAGCAAGCGAAAGCUAGUGUUUGAGUUCUCUGCUGGGCCUGUAAGUAAUUAAUGUCUAUGUUAGUCAUGGUCUCACACUUUUUGGUUUGCUGAGGAUUUCCAUAUUUCAUUGGAAGGGUUCCAGGUUGAUGUUAGGAAUUAUAAGAGGGUGGAUGGUAAGUGCGCAGUGGAGUUUGCUGAAUUCAGUCGGUGUGCUAAGAAAUAUUAAUAUUAUUUUCAUGAAACGUCUGUAUUGUCAGAAUGAAUACACACUUGUUUUAUCAGUAUAUACAUAUAAUGGAGAAUUGAUUGCUGAAUUUCUAGCAUUAAAAUAAGAGGCAUUUUGAGACUCAAGGUGUUGAAAGAGUUUCUCUCUUACGAGUGUAGUUCCAUUUGUAACAUGAUCAGCAAACCUCAAAAAAAUCUGUGAAUAAAGUUUGUUUAUUUUGUAA